GGGCUGAAGGAGUCUGGAGUCAAAUUCCUGAACACGUAGGAGCUCCUCGCGCUGCUCCAACACGACGCACGACGCAGCGCAUAACGGAUUACUGAUCAACUCAUCGAUGAGACACAGUUUAUAUGUAUUGCCUACUUCUGCCAUCACAGCACGCCAUGGGAUGUCUUUUUUCCAUUUCCAUUCCAUUUUCCUACAAGAAACAUGACAUGAUCUUUUCUCCCUAGGCCGCCUGUUUAUGCGCAACUGGAGCCACUUGUUUGCCGCAGAGGAGAAAUGUAAGAAUCUGAAGUACGAGUAUCAAUACGUGUCAGGAAAUGUUUAUUACGGACAAAGCACCGCGAGUAAAAAGCCGGGUUACACACGUCAUUCCAAAGUGGGGAAAAAAAAAUAACAGCCUGGGUUCAUUUUUCCACAACGGAAAUGAGAUCAGUCCCAUUGCUUGGCUCCACUUCUUCUAAAACAUGGUCGACGUAACUCCAUGCAGUGCCGGGAUGCUUGUUGUUAAUGGAAAGAUGUUUGCUGGACUGAUGGGGCUGGGAUGUCACAGUAACUCUCUGCUUCACCACUGCGAAGUCAUGGAAGGUGGCAGAGCACCAGGGACAGCUGGAGGCUCUGCUCGUAAGAGGCUCCACCGAAGACCAGGGUACAUGAGAGGAGAGCAGUCCAGACUACAGAGCACUACUCAUGGCCAGGAGGAGGAGGAAGGGAGGACCCCUUGCAUUAGGAAUGGAAAAUCUGGACAUCACACUGACAUCAGCGAGGGAACCAGCGCUCAGAGGACAUCUGCUGUCAAAGUGUCCUUAAUGAAUCAGCAACAGCCUGAUGUACUCACAUGCAGCUUCCAGAAGAGUAAGAGUCUUCCCUGCUCUGUUACCCGUCAGGUGGACUACAGUGCCAUUAAUGGUACAUCCAGCCACCAGAGUCCAUCCUCUCUGCCCCAGAAUGAACUCAGGUUAAACCCAAGCCCGGCCCUCCGGUCCUCACCAGAGGACUCCUUUAACUCCAGCUUCAGUUUCAUCCAACAGUCUCUCAACUCCAGCCAGAGGACAGACGCAACCACUGCCAAACCAUCCGUAAACCAGCCGGAACCACUAAACCAGUCAACUAAAGCACCUAGUUCACCUCAAACCAAGCCAGCAACCUUAUCCAUUGAGUAUAAUGUCUUAAAACAGUCAACUCCUGUCCAAUCAGUGCCCUCCUCCACCCUUAGCAGCCAGGCGGAGAGAGAGGAGUUGUCGUUAGGUGGGAGGUUUUGGCGGGAGUGUUUGUGGGGAGGCAGGGAGGUUACGCCAGACCUGCCUGACUGUGACUCCCAAUCUCUGGACAUAGAGAUCACCUCCUCACUGUCUGUGGACUCAGACACCGCCUCCGCCUCUUCUGUCACCUCCGGCUACGAGAGCGCCACGCCUGCCUCGGACCAAGGCUGGGACAGCCUGGUGAAGAAGUACGAGGGCGUGCUGCAAGACUGCCUCCUAAACAACCGCACUCACACUAAGAUCGAGUCCAUGAUGUUGAAGCUGCAGAGGCUCCAGCAGAAAGCCAUUUUGGAUGACGACUAUGACGCAGCUGAGCGUUUUGGGAAAAAGCUGGAGGAGCUGUGCAGGGAGCGAGGUGCUCUGAAGCUGGGUUUACCCUCCAGACAGCCCAGCGUGGCUCUGUUCCUCGAGCGACUCACACAGGUGGUGCACAGCACCCUCCAGAGGGCAGACUGCAGUCAGUGCAGGGAGACUGUGGAGCCUGAUGCAGGGGAGCGGUCCAACUCAUUGCAUGGUCCACUGCAUCGCAGAGAUCGCCUGAUCCAAGAGAAACGGCUGGUAGAGGAGGAGAUAGCGGAGCUGCAGCGGAGGCUGGCGGAGCGGAGGGAGCGCAGUCGAUGCCUGGAGCAGCAGAUCCAGCAGGAGGAGCAGCAGGUGGAGGCCGAGGAGCUUGAGGGCUCCAUGCUGAGGAGCUGCACCGUGGCCCAGCUCCGUGGCAUCAGCCGAACCCUGCAGGACCUCGUCACCUCGGAAAACCGCACGCAGAUCUCCGUCUCUCCGUCACCCUCCAUGCUCAGACUCCAGGAGCAGGAGCAGGCAUUAAAUCUGUCCAUCAAGGAAGCCACUGCUAAAGUGGUCAUGAGUCAGAGGCUGGGCAGCAGCCUGAGGAGGAAAGUCAGCGAGACUGAAACUCAGCUUUUGGCACUGCAUGAAGCCAAACUGGCAGCCAUCUCAGGUAAUGACUUCAGCAGUGCCAAGGAGCUGAAGGCUGAGAUGAAGGCGGUGUACCAGGAGCAGGACCGGCUGGAUGCUCUGGCCAAGAGGCUGCACAGCCUCAGCUCGGGUAGCAGCCAGGAGCUGGCCAGGAUGAAAGAGCAGAGGCAGCAGCUCAGGCAGGAACUGGAGCAAAGGGAGGCCCAGCACGAAAGCCGACUGAAAGAGAACACUACCAAGUAUAUCAAGCUAUUGGAGGACAUAUUGCACAGCUGUGGCUGCCCAGGCUUGGAGCGGAUCUGGGAAGCUGACCUGGAAGCGUGUCACCUGUUCUUGCGAGGCCUCCAGUUGCGGACUCCCAGCUGCAGUGGAGGAGACAUCGAAGACCUCUCCACUGCAGCAGUUUAUCCUCCAACCCAGCCGUGCACCAAAGAAGAAGAAGACUGCGCCAUGCUGACUGCAUUAGGAGGGCGCUGGUGUCCCGAGGCCAACUUACAGAACUCCGAGUUCACAAAGAAAUUGGAGGAGUUUUUAUUCUGCAUGGAGGAUAAUCACCCCGAGGACGGGUGCAGCGAGGCUGCAGACCUGACAGAGCGCUGCGAGCUGAUCAGCGACAGACUGAUGACCUUGGAAGAUGAAUUGCAGACGGCCAUACUGAACCGGGAUCAGUCCCUCACCCAGUCAUUGGAAAAGGAGGUUCAGGAAUUAAAAACCACUUUACAAACCAUGCUCGCACAGCUCAAAGAGGAAGAAGAGGAGGAAGAGGAAGUGAAUGAGUUACAAGGUGACGACCUUGUGAAAAACGGGACUGACGAUGAAGAAGAAGAGGAAGAAGAAGAGGAUGAUCAGUACUUCAGUGACAGCUGGGGCAUUUGAAAUGGAUGCUUGUAAUGUUUUAUGACCACUCACAGAGACCGGCUCUCUGAGAGCCUGAACUCAGCUUUGCAAUAGGAGUGACCCCAUAUCCAUUUACUGUAAAGCCUCACUCAAAGGGCUACAAAACCAGCCUCUGUGGUACUGCUGAAAGUUUCCAGUAUAGAGCCUUGGAAAGUGUGUAUGACAUUGUAUCCAUCUACAAAUAGAAACAUAUGAAGGAUUUUAAUGUAAAAUAUAAGACACUUUAAUGCACAUUCCUCAAAUCUUGCCAGCCUAAGUUUAACCACGUAAAGAGUGCCUUAGGCUACCAUGCCGUUAUAGUGAUUAUUUUUGCAAUGUUUUUUUAAGUCACGUCUUACUGGUUGCUGAGCAAUUACGUGAUUUUUUGGUUAGUUGAAAAUUUUCAGUUGCUCUGAUUUAUUGAGUCUCAGAAGUUUUAAAUGAUCAGCCCUAAAGCGAGACUGUGUAACUUUUGCAGCAAAUGCAAUGCCAGACCUUCCUCCACAGCGCUGCGAAGGAGGGUCUGGUGAGGCCACACAG